AUGGAAGUAAUUCAAAAAGUAAGUCAGUCAGUCAAUAUUAUCAGGUUUAUGCUACCAAGGCAGGGCACUGGGAGAGGACUGCGACCGAAGAAGGAGUUCAUUUGUCAGUAUUGUCAGCGUCACUUCACAAAGUCCUACAACCUACUGAUUCACGAACGUACUCACACGGACGAGCGACCGUAUGACUGCGAUAUAUGCGGGAAAGCCUUUCGUCGGCAAGAUCAUCUGCGCGAUCAC